GAGGAAGUGUGCUAUUGCGAGGGGAGGAAAAAGAGGGGAGUGUACAGACCCAGCAGAUAAGACUCGAUGGAGAGGAGCGCGCCCGGGCGUUUGGAGUUUGCCGUUGUGCACAGCACAUCCCUGAAUGUACGGCUACGGGCCACACCGUGGAUGCGCUCCGCUCGCACACAAGGCCGCUGGCGGAAAGAGCAUGGGCAUCCCUCAAAACGUGCUUGCUGUUUGACCUGGAGCCAAGUCGACCCUCGGAUCCUCUCUCGUUGCGAGAGAACAAUGAAGUGGUUUCCGGCGUGGCCAAUGCUGCUUCUACUGGUGGCUAUCACGCUGCUGCCUUUCGCGGACGCCUUCAAGGGCCAGGGGGUGCUGCGGGUCGGGUGGCGAGUGGUGCCGACGCUUCGAAGUACCGAACACGGCACCACAUCCCACCCGACCCUGCUGGUUUCAGCGGCGCCCACCACGGACGUAACCACCUUCCACGUCGACGAUCUUCCAUCGUGCAUGUUGCCUCCAUUCUUGGCCAUGUCGGUUGUGGACGAGACCGUCGCCGUGACAAGCGGCAUGUCCCUUUGUGAGGAGCCUGGAUCGUGCGCGGUUGCGACCUUGUCGUCUGUGGCACCGCUCGACGUGGCCGCAUUCCGCGUGGAUCAUGUUCCAUCGUGCCCUUGGCCUUCGUUCUUCCACUUUCCGGACCUGGAACCUGCAGGCGUCGGUGCCGCACCCUUCGAUGACGGGGGCGCCUCGUGCGUAUGGCCCCCGUUCUUGGGCGUGGCGGAAACAGACCAGACGAGUCCCAUGCCCUUGUGCGACGAGCCUGGGGCGUGUGCUGUGGCGAGCUUGUCGUUGAUGAAGACGCCGGACCUCGUCCAGAUGCUUGAACGAGCGCUGCUGGCCGAGGCUGGCCGGGCUGCCCUCCAGCAGCUCAUCAUAGUGUUGCAGACGCAACGCAUGUUGCCCGACUGGGACCUCUCGAUGGUCUGUUUCGCCGGUCACGACAGCACGCAGCACGUGAGAGUCAUAACUAGCGUCUUGUACCCGCCCCCACCCCGCCAGGCGAUUCCUUUGAGCGGUUCGGGACAAGCAUCGAUCGGUGGCGAUAUGAUGUCCAGUUUCUUGGACGGCUGUGGAACGCGGGGGGGCGAGGAGGAGGAGGAGGAGGAGGAGGAGGAAACCGACAAUCGCUCAGGGUUGCGCCAGACGAUCAGGAGGGCAAGACGCGGGGGCAACAAGCAGAAGGCGGUGGGAGAGGGAGAGGGAGAUGACAGCAAUGCCGCCAACGGGUCAAACGGCAUGUCCGGGGGAGGGGAGGGGGGACAGAACUUCUCCGCCGGCACCUAGAGCGGCAGCGGGGUUGUUGCCGUUGUUUUUCUUGGCAGUAAACUUGCUCUCGAAGGUGUUGAGCGAGGUGUCGGUUCAUCCGACCGUUUGCCCCGCCUGAGAUGAUGCGGUUUACCGUCAGGCCGUGGAAUCAGAACCGUUGUACAGCUAUGGCUUUGGUCCACUAGUGGGUUUGCUUUCGACGGAUGUGGCACGGAUUACUAUGUACUUCGUACUUGAGAGGUCCUUGUUGCCUAUCCCCGAUGGUGUAUUCCCAUGAACGGCAAAAACUCGAGCCCAUGUACAACUAGGUUGUUUCCACGAUCAAUGAUUUUCCUGUCAGCCCGGUUUGCGUGUUUUUUAUUUCGGGCCAAUCGGGCACAUAUGUUUUUUUUUUGCAUCCCUCGCUUCUCGCCGAAGGAGGUUGCGGCGAGAGGAGCAUUAUGGUUCCAGCUUGCGUCUGUUCUUGACCCGAUCUCAAGGAUUGUCGGGGGGCGCGUCUGCGGGCUCCUUCUGCCUGCCCGGUUGAUGCUGUAUUUCGUACCAAAUCGCAGGGGUCAGGUGGUGUUGGCUUGCUUUUUGCUUGUGCGCAUGGAUUGUAGCAGAGGUACCCGAUUGUUGUGCUGCCAGAACGUUAUGGUGAUUUUCUUUUGCUCCGGCCCUUGGUCGGCAGUGUGACAAGGGAAUGCAAUCUGAGUUUGUCGAAU